AUGAAUCGCACGAUUCGGCACCCCGCUACGAGUCACCAAGGAACCACUGAUUUGAGAACUACAGCCUACCACCCUUCAGCCAACGGAAUGGUUGAACGCCUAAACCGACAGCUAAAAGCGGCAAUAAUGUGCCACCAGAAUAAUCGCUGGACUGAAGCCCUAUUUACCGUCAUGCUCGGCAUUCGAGCAACAUGGAAAGAAGACAUCCAGGGUUCCUCCGCGGAGCUCGCGUAUGGCCAACCUCUCCUCCUGCCCGGUGCAUUCCUGGGCAUCCCACAUAACGAAAACGGCGCAGACAACAGCACCGCAAGCUUCGUCAAAGAGUUACAUCAACACCAGCCGCUUCAACAGCCAUACGACGGUCCGUCCAGAGUCAUAAGGCGAUCGGCUAAAACAUUCGUCGUCAACAUAAAAAGUCGAGAUGUCACCGUUUCCAUAGAUCGGCUCAAACUCGUGUAUAUACUCAAUCACGACACGCCCACAUCAUGGUUUGGCCGCGACACUGUGAGGACGAUGCCCACAACAGACGAACCAACACCUUUUGCAGAUCAAUCGCGGGACCACGACGACGAGGUGCCAGCUUCCAUAACAGCUAGGAAGACGGAUGCGCUUCCCUGA